GUGCUAGAAGAUGAGGCCCGAGAGCAGGGCCGAGGCAUCCAUGUCAUUGUCCUCAACCAGGCCACGGGCCACGUGAUGGCAAAACCUGUAUUUGAUACAUACUCUCUUCACAAGGAUGAAGCCAUGGUGCUGUUCCUCAACAUGGUGGCACCUGGCCGUGUGUUGAUCUGCACGGUUAAGGAUGAGGGCUCCUUCCACCUCAAAGACACAGCAAAGGCUCUGCUGAGGAGCCUGGGAAGCCAGGCAAGCCCUGCCCUUGGAUGGAGGGACACUUGGGCCUUCGUGGGACGAAAAGGAGGUCCUGUACUUGGUGAGAGACAUUCUAAAUCUCCUGCCCUCUCCUCCUGGGGUGACCCGGUCCUGCGGAAGACAGAUGUUCCUCUGAGCUCAGCCGAAGAGGCUGAGUGUCACUGGGCAGACACAGAGCUGAACCAACGCCGCAGGCGCUUCUGCAGCCAAGUUGAGGGCUAUGGCAGUGUGUGCAGCUGCAAGGACCCAACAUCUAUUGAGUUCAGCCCUGACCCACUUCCAGACAAUAAGGUCCUCAAUGUGCCUGUGGCUGUCAUUGCAGGGAACCGGCCCAUUUACCUGUACAGGAUGCUGCGCAUUUUGCUCUCAGCCCAAGGGGUAUCUCCGCAGAUGAUAACGAACUUCAUUGAAUGCUACUAUGAGGAGCCGAUGGACGUGGUGGCGCUGUUUGGUCUGAGGGGCACCCAGCACACUCCUAUUAGCAUCAAGAAUGCCCCUGUGUCUCAGCACUACAAGGCCAGCCUCACUGCCACUUUCCACCUGUUUCCGGAGGCCAAGUUUGCUGUGGUUCUGGAAGAGGACCUGGACAUGGCUGUGGAUUUUUUCAGUUUCCUGAGCCAGUCCAUCCACCUGCUGGAGGAAGAUGACAGCCUGUACUGCAUCUCUGCUUGGAAUGACCAGGGGUAUGAACACACAGCUGAGGAUCCAGCACUCCUGUACCGUGUGGAGACCAUGCCUGGGUUGGGAUGGGUGCUCAGGAAAUCUUUAUACAAGGAGGAGCUUGAGCCCAAGUGGCCCACACCAGAAAAGCUGUGGGACUGGGACAUGUGGAUGCGGAUGCCAGAACAGCGCCGGGGCCGAGAGUGCAUCAUCCCAGAUGUUUCCCGAUCCUAUCACUUUGGCAUCGUGGGCCUCAACAUGAAUGGCUACUUCCAUGAAGCCUACUUCAAGAAGCACAAGUUCAACACGGUUCCAGGUGUCCAGCUCAGGAAUGUAGACAGUCUGAAGAAAGAAGCUUAUGAAGUGGAAAUUCACAGGCUGCUCAGUGAAGCCGAGGUUUUGGACCACAGCAAGGACCCUUGUGAGGACUCCUUCCUGCCAGACACAGAGGGCCAUACCUAUGUGGCCUUUAUCCGAAUGGAAAAAGAUGAUGACUUCACCACCUGGACUCAGCUUGCCAAGUGCCUCCAUAUUUGGGACCUGGAUGUUCGUGGCAACCACCAGGGCCUGUGGAGAUUAUUUCGGAAGAAGAACCACUUUCUGGUAAGUGAAGAAGCCACCACCAGUCACCCCUAUUUUCCUGGAGCCACCCCCAAAGGAAGAAGGAGCCCCAGGGGCCGCUGAACAAACAUGAAGCCUCCUCCAGGACCCUGCUGGGCUGGGCCUGGCUCAGAAUCUAACCUAUUUAUUGACCGUCCUGAAGGCCUUGGGAAUAGGCCCAACCUGGGCCUUUAUUCCUCUGUGGACCAGGACGCUGCCCUGAGGGUGGGACUGGCUCAUACUCAGGAAACCGCCGUGCCCAUGAUGACAGGCCCAGUUGGGCCGUGUGCUGACAGACACUCAGAGACCCUCAGACACUGGACCAGGCCUCCUCUCGGCCUUCUUUUUGUCCAGAUUCCCAAAGCUGGACAAAGGUGGUCAUUGAUUAAAAAAGGAGGAAACCUCUAGGGGUGUGUUUUGUGGUAGUUUGUGGGGAGCAUGGCAUGGCGGCGAGGGGGAGAAUCAUCUGGACGGAUGGUGAUGUGCUUUGAUUUUCUACUGUCUGCCAUAGUUUUAUCUUACGUGUGGAAGCCAUUUGGCCACCAGGGGAUGCCCAAGUGUCAAGCUUCAAGUCUUUUGUUUUUAUUUGUUUUAAGCAGGCUCCACCCUGGGACCAGCUGACUUUAUCCCGUCCCUAUUAUGGCCUUAGCUCCAAGUAGCCAUCUCACACCCUUCCUCACUGUGUACUGUCAGGCUGGUCCUUCCUUGUUCUUCUGGGCCCAGCACCUGUCCCCAGAAGUGCAGUAGCUAGAAGAGACCACAAAGAAAAACUUGGGGGUGGAUGAGGGAUGGGAGAGCAUGAAAAUAGUGGAGCCGGAAGUGACUGGGCCAAAAGCAGUGGCAGCACCAGGGGUGUGGGAGAUGAUUUUUAGGAGGAUACUGGGCAAGCAGAUAGAGGAGUGAGCAUUUCUGUGGCCUUCUGGAUUGGUUGUGUGCAGAAUUCCAUAUAGGGAUGUUUUUCUGGAGAAAAAGGCCACGGUUUUCAUCAGCUUCUCAAGAGGCUAGUAACUCAAAAGAGCAUAGGAAAGUCUGAGUUAGUCACCAGAAAAUGGACAGUAUGGUCCACUGGGAAUCAGAUAGCCCAAGGCAGGGGAACAUGACCUUUAGAUUAAGUCUCUGAAGGAUUAAGAUCAGGACCUGAGUAGAUUGCAUUGUAAGAAAGGGUAUAGAUCUUUUGCCAAGGAGUCAGGGACUUACUGGAAGUCCUGCCCUUUGUCUGUUCGCUGUCCUGGCCUCUUAAUAGUGCCUAGAGUUCAUUCAGCACAGCAAUGGCAUCCGUGCGGUGAUUUUGACAUUGCUUAACACCCUGACUCCCUCCGUGUUUGCUGGAGCUAGAGACAGUGUUUGAGGUGGUAAAGUGGGCACCCACAGGAGAAGCAGUUAGCCCGUGAUGAAGUGGCCGCCCUCCCUGGGCAGAGGAAUCACUCUUCACCUCCCACCCCUGCUUCCACACGGGCACCCAUGGAAGGAACCGAGUGGUGGUGUGUGAGGCACAGCUUGCUGGCCAAGGGUGGAGGCCAGCUACUUCCUCUCCCUGCCUAGAACUCCAGUAGAUUCUCAGUCAGGCUUCAGUGGCUUAAGCUUCUCUGGCCAAGUCUCUGCUCCUUUUUGAGCCCAGCAAGUGGGUGAUAGUUGUGGGCUGCUCUGGAAAAGCCCGUAGAGACAGAUGGGGGU